AUGUUAUUAAUUCUCCAAAUUUUGGAGAUAUGGCCCAUAGUAUUCAGCUCAGCUUAUUCCCUUCGAAAACAACCGUCCCAGGCACAUUCACAAUCCGUAACAGAGCCGUGUCUGUUCCCAAAGCCAUUUACGAAAAAACUGGACAUUUUCUGUCAAUAUGAUUACCAUAAGAUUCCUUAUAUGUGUGAUCCAACGGGUGCUUUAUCUAGAACUGAAGUAGAAAUGCUUGAUGACACCGUUAAAUCUCUGAAUCUGACAUCAUGUUUCUGUGCUUCAACAUGUGAUCCUUUAUCUUCAUCAUACCAAUUAGGGAUUGUUGUAAUUCCAAACGUGACCUUACAUGACUUAGAAUUUUGUGACAAAACAGUCGAUUCAAUUAUUUCACCUUCGUUACCUAUUUCGGCAUAUCAGUAUGGAGUUCUGCUUAAUCAGUAUUGGUCAGAUCAAUGCAAUGUUGAUCUGAUGCUAUUAUAUAUCCGAAUAUGGGUAUCUAAUAAAGUUAUUCGUCCGUUCAUUGUUCCAAUUUAUGCCAAUUCGUUACAACGUCUUCAACGAUUCAGUCGUCCCAUCGUCACCAGUAAUCGUGAGCCUGUUCUAUCGGUUCUACAACGAGCUCUGAAGCAUAAUAAGAAAAUAAUUGAAUCUGAGCAUAGAGAAACCAACUCAACCGUACCAAAUUGGGCUAAAUGGACUACAUUUGGCAUGGUGUCAUUUGUGUGUUUGGCUUUUUACAUAGCCAAUUGUGUGACGAAUAAGAUGGGUAAAACUCAACAGAAAUCAAAGACUUCUGUUGCUUCAACUAGAAAAUCGUCUGAUCGCUUCCGAGCAGGUUUUGGAGGAGGGAUGAUUAUGAACCAGACGCAGCAGAAGAAGAGUGUUAUGAUGUUUAGAACUUUUUCAAAGACUCCUAGAAACAAUAUAAAUCGAUUAUGA